UCACUUGGUGAAGGGAUCGGGGCAGUGCUAAUAACUCACGCUCUGGGAAGGCAGUGCUGGGUAACUGAUGAGACAUAGGGUGCACUGUCCAAGCCCAACCAAAUUGAGACUGUCCAGAACCGUCCGUGCAAACUUGAAGGUGCCUCUGCUGUUUUUUGGUACCGCUUAAAUGUCUGGCGAGGUGACAGAUCCCUUUUGAAACACCGGUAGCGUUUUGUGUUACUUUGAACCUGGCAAACAGGAGCGUACGCAGUGACUGUCACAUGAAUUCCUCAAGGAUAAUGGACCCUAAGGUGCGAGAGACUGAAGGAGAUGGAGAGGACAAUUCAGGAAAGAAAAAAUCGAAGUUCAAAUCUUUCAAAAAGUUUUUUGGUAAAAAGAAAAGGAAAGAACCAUCUUCUGUGAGCAGCGGUCUGAAGCUUUUCCAGUCAACGAGCGAUGUUGCAGCCUCACACGACACGCACAUUAAUUAUGAUUCUGAAGACGAACUCGAGACACAUAAAGGCAUUAUGGGAAGCAGAGCUUUGUCACAUGAUAGCAUUUUCAUCCCUGAGACUGGGCAAGAGUCUGCAAGGCCAGUAAGAGUGUUUUCUCAAGAAAACAUUUCUGACCGGAUUAGAGCUUUACAGUUGAAACUCCAGCCAACCAUGAAAUUAGGACCUCCACCUCCAUUUGGACUUCAUGCAAAGCGAACAGAGGAUGCUGGGACUAGUUCUGAAGAUGAUGGAUUACCCAGGAGCCCUCCAGAAGUGUCUUUGCUCCUUGAAAACUUAUAUUCAGGCACAACAACAAGAUUCUCUGACUCUCACAAGCACCUUAGCUCUUUGAGUUUAGCUGGAACAGGCAGUGAAGAAGAAGAACAGGUUACUUUAGGUCCUUCUUCUAGAUCUCACUCCACAGACGGUCAGCUGUUCCCUAGGCAUGGAAGUGCUAAAACUGGAACUCCCCAGAUAUCUGACAGUACCAUCUCGCCUGCAGCCAAUUUUGACACUCCACCUGAACUUUCCUCUUGCUUGGAUAAUUCUGCUGCUAGACACAAGCUUUUAAUAAAACCCCGGAACCAGAGAUCCAGUAAAAUGAGAAGAUUUUCUCAGAGGACCCAGUCUGAAUCUCUGACUGAUUUGAGCUGUACCCCAGAAGAAGAAGAAGAGGAGGAUGAUGAAAAGGAGAUGCAGACAGACUUGCCAGAUGCUGUAUUUAAACCCAGCAAUCAAGAACUGCCAUGCAGCACAGCUGCAGCGCAGGAUGUGGCUUCCUGGCCAAAGCCCAGAAUGCCUGAGGACCUUCCCCCUGCUUUGAGACCAGCGAUGACUCAGCCUGCUUCUGAGUCCGCUGUUGUACAGGAAGCCCUGCUACCAGAGAAUAAACCAGAGGGCUGCCAACCAACACUGGAAGCAACGUGUGUGAAGUCUGAGUCCCCAUUGCUGUUAGAAGGCAAAGACUCUGCAACUUCUUCCUGCUCUGGUCCAGACAGAGAAGUACAAAAGCAAGAAGAUUCCUCAGAAACACCAGUUCUGUUGUCAGGGGAAGUGAGCGAUGUGUCGAUCAAUAUUUUCAAUCAAGAAAAUAAGGAGCUUCCUACUGUGUUUUCAGUAAAUAAAAUACCAUCUGAAGAAGAUAUUUCAAUUAGUAGGAACAGCAUUGUUUGCUUGGAAGGGUCAGAAGAAAAUAUACAGAAGGACGCUCAGAUACCUGUGGAAACGGCCGGUAAUAAAGAGGCAAAGAAAGAGGUUGCUCUAUUGUCGGAGUCCAGCAAGCAAUUUUCCACAGAUCCUUUCCAACCCACAGACUCAGUCCGUGUUUCACAUCCUGCUUUCUCAAUACAGAUGGGAUCAUCUGCUUCCUGCUUUCUAGAGAAAACAAAGGCUGCACAAGAGGCAGCUGCUUCUGGGAAGGAGAACGGUCAGCCAGUGGUCCACAAGGAGGAACUUCCGGAGAAGAAAGCUGAAAAAGCAGCCAAUGGACUAAAUGCCUUGAGAAAGUUUUCUGUUUCCUCUGCGCGGGAGAGACCAAGGACCAGAAGCCUACACUUCCCAGAAAGAUCAGAGUUGGAAAGCCCCCUAAAUACUGGAGUCUUCCUGUCCAAAGCAAAAGUCUCCUCAAGAAACGAGAAGUGGAAUGAAGACUCGCAGAAGGGAUCAGAUGUGGAGGAAGAGAAAAGCAGCAACAAAAAGCAGACUUUGCUGCCAGGGUCUGACUCUGAGAACACGGGCCAACCUACAGAAAUGUUGGCUGGCUGCGUUUCUCUGGCUGUCGAUGCGGUGCCGGUGCCAAGUGAUUCUUCUGUGGUAUCUCAGAAUCAGCCAAGCUGUGAAGAUAAAACUCCUUUUCAAGUGAAACUUAGAUCCACCUCACUGUCCUUGAAAUAUAGAGACAACUCAUCACCAGAAUCAAAAGAGAUUAAAAGAUACAGUGCAGAGUUUAAUUUAGAAAACGAGGGAUUGGCUUCUUUUCUAAGAGGUGAUAAGGCACAGAUCAAAAAAAUGGCCGAUACAAAUAUUGGUGAUUCUUUAAAUGAAAAGAUCAAACCCAAAGCAAAGUCCUCUGAACAGCUUAGUAGCAAACCUCCAUUGCCUAAAAAGCCAGCCUUGCAAAACAUAACCGUUCCAAACACUACUGCAAACAAGGAGAAGCAGGACAAAGGUAUUCACCCUCCUGAAUCCAGAAAUGAAGACAGAGACUUGGAGAAAAAGUCAAAUCCUUGUAAAGUGCCUGAGAGAAGCGUGCCUUCCCCCAUGGCUGCUGGAGACUCUGGAAGAGAUCCCGACAGUCCUGCAGAGCCAGCCUGGAUUUCCAUAGCAAGGCAAAAGCAGAGGGGUGUGCAGCAGGAGCAGGAACUCGACAGAGAAAAACUGGUGGCUCUGGAUGUGAAGUCAGAUACAGAGAAACAAAAUAAAGAGAAGGAACGAACAGAGGGGUCAGUGAAGCAGCAAUGGAGCAAACCUUCACACUUGGCACCUAAAACCACUUCUGACGAACAGAGAAAAGAGACGAAGUCCGAAGUGAAGGAGCUGCUGCCGAGAACCAGUUCCCUGUCACACUAUGUCCCUGUAGCUCCGACACCAGCACUGGGGGAUAAAGAGGAGAUAAGCCACUUCAAGAAAGCCAGUAACACUGCUCCGGAUCAGCCAUCGUGGAUGGAACUGGCCAAAAAGAAAUCACAGGCUUGGAGUGAUAUGCCCCAGAUUAUAAAAUAGAACAAUGCAAACAAAUAGCAUCUUCCAUAAUUAAGUCAACUACUUAACUGAACUUCUACAGACCAGCUAAUCACAGUGAACAAUCUCUUGAUACAGCAGAAGGGUUUUAUUACACAGCUGUGGAGAAAGUGUGCAAUAGGUGCAGUCAAAAAGUUUACCUUCAACUUUGUAGCAAUCAGGAUUGCAAUGGCAACGCAUUACUUAAAUUAUGCUAAGGACAUACUUACCCUUUGGAAAAUAAAACUUUUACCUUA